AUAUUUUGUGAUCGAAACUCUUUUCGCAAACUUUGUUACGUCGUCUAUAGAUUAUCAGCUGACGGAUGUAAACAAGACAACGCUGCGUUGGCUUUCCGAGUUUUUCCGAUGUUAUGAAGCCAAAAUGAACGUAGCAUUCCACAGUCGGGAAUUGUUACACCUCUCUAUUGCACCUGGAGUAAAGUCAUGGAGUGUUUUCGUUGGUGUAAUGUCCAUUGGUGUUGGUGCAUCAUACUACAGCCCAGAUGACCACAUUUUUAUGAAGGUUGCUUAUCUCACUGGCUGCCUUAUUUUAGGACUAACAUUCCUCGAUGACUGGGAGGACUGUGUGUUUGACUUGAGGAAAAGCCAGAUAAUUAUGACUAGACGAAACUGGUUUGAGUGGCUAACUAGCCGUUGUGCAGAUCGUAACACUUUAGUAUUAGAUACUAGUUCAGUUUUGGCUGUAAGAGUACUCAGCGGUAAAGGAGGUAUGUAUAAAGAUGGUUACCAGGUUGGUCUUAUUCUUCGGGCUGGUGGUACCAUACCAGUGUCAGAGACGAGUGUUGGCAUCAAGAGUGAUCAGGAUGUAUUAGCAAGGAACAUUCAACAUUUUUUGAAUUUAGAAAGAGUAGAACCUGUUCGUAAUUCUUGGGCGGAUUGGUCGGAAAGUGAUGACGACGAUCCAAUCAACAAUUGGCAGCCACCUCUUGAGGUUGAAAGUCUAAAAGGAAGUGGAAAUAUAAAUUUUGAAGAUAUAAAGCUUGGUAAUGAUAGGCCAAAUGAAUGGCGAGAUAAUGAGGGAAACGAAUCUGUGAGUUCAAGUGACGAAGAAAUCUAUGAUGAUCCAUAACUAUAUGCAGGGAGGGCUUGGCCAUAUCCAGACCAAGCUUUCAACUUGUUUGAGCAGCAAUUCAGCCUAGAACUGGAGUCAAGAUGCUUCCUUAGGAUUUGAUGGAGUACAAUGUUUUCAGCUCCUUAACGGAUUACUACUUUUAAACAAUUCAGACUGGAACUAUUUUUACUUUCCUUGAGACAAUAGGCUAUUGGUUAAGAAACAUAACAAAAUGAUGAAAACCUUCGUGGAUUAUUCCAAGAUUAUUUGUCACUAUUGAAAAGUUAAAUAAAUAUAGUUGGUCCUUGGCUUAAGGAGGUCAAUUGUACAACUCCCAGCACAUCUCGGAAUCCAUUUCAUUUUAAUUUCCCUUGGGUUUAAGGAAUACUUUUUUAACAAUGACGGUCAUUUUUUUAAGAUUAACAGAUCAUUUUUGUUUUAAUGAGUUGAAAGAGAAACUGAAUAAAUACAGUACUAGAUAUUAAUUUAUAGAGAAAAUGUAAAUUGUCUCUCACUUCAAUACAGGUAGUCCCUGGCUAUCGGCGGGGGUUUCCAUUCUUGGCUGGAUGCUUAGAAGCGAAAACUUCCCUUAACCAAUUUAUGGCGCUGAUAUUAAGUUAUUGGUACUGAUAACCUGUUAAUGGCACCUCUGUUAGGUAUGCUAUGGCAUCAUAACUCUAUUAUCAGCAUCUUAUGUCGCCAAUCAUUGAAACUCGGCCCAUUAUGGCCCCAUAAAUCGCUGAUUUUAUGGCGCUAGACAAGCAACAUGAAACCAGAUCGCCAUUAACUGAGUCUGUCGAUAACCGAGGACUGCCUUUGUGUAAGAUCAUGACAACAGUGAUUGGUGAUAGUGUUGUGUGCAGUGCAGUCUUGGUUAGGUGGUGAGAUUUGUGGCAAUCCGUGGAAAGAAGGGGUGGAAUGUUUGAAGGCAUGUUGUUCUCUCAGGAGUGAUAUAAAGGCUUUAUUUCAUAAAAGGAUCAAUAAAACAGUUUGAGUGAAGACCUAGAUGUAAUAAACAUUAAGAUUGAAGAGUGGACGAGACUCAUUUCACCUGUACCUCGUAAAGGGAAGAGUUGGAGUCACAAAGGAAAGAGUUGGAGUAAAAUUGUAUCCUCCAGCACUUCUGAAAAAUGUUCAAGUAUCCAAACAUGGCUGUGCCUCUUAUAAAUGUAAUGCAUCAUCACCAUCUAUAGUGAAUUUCAUGAGCAUUUUUAGUUUCAUUAAGUGUCUCUCUGUGUUCUUCUAGGUGUACUUCAGUGUCAUCAUUAAACCUUUCCCAUCAACAACUUCCCUUGCAACAUGCAAAAUCUUAUUUGCUUCCACAUCAUUACUUUGGAAGCCUUUGGAGUUAAUGACUGGCUCUAUGAUAACUUACAGCAUGCAGUAUCCAGAGCUAUUGUUUCUGUUGUAAUGUAUUUCCAGCCUCUGAAAUUGUGAAGCUCAUCCAUGGCUCUAUGAUUUUGUAGUCAGGGUUGGCAUCAAGGACAACAGGUUUAAUUCACCUUAAUGUACUUUAUUACAACUUGAGCACAUGGCUGCCAAGGUAAUAUUGCGUUAGGAUCCAGGAAUGUUGCUCACAUUCUCAAUUAUAAAGGAGAGAGAGAGAGAUUAACAGUUUUUGAGAGUGGAUCUUCAUGAGAGAGAGAGAGAGGGGGGGGGUGGCAGGUGGGGUUCAGACAUAGCUAGGAGCCGUGUCAAUUGUGAGGAGAACUUUGAAGGUUAUCCUCGUCUCUGCGGUUAUUUCCUUGUGUGAGGAGUGGGGCACUUGUGGAAGUGUUUCAAGAACACAGUGACCAUCAACAUAGGCUUCUUGUGUUGCCUGAACAUGAUAAGCAACUUUUUUUUUUCUCUUUUUAUUUUAAGAGGUCAUUGAUUGUUUGAUUGACAGAUGAGGCCUUGGUUUAUCAUGUGAUGUGCUGUAUUGCCACCUAAAGAAGAAAAUAGGGUAAUUUCUUCAGGCCUGUUAAUAUAUGGGUCUGGUUGGCACUCUUAACAGAUGUAACUACAGCUGGGCAUUAUCUUUUAGAAAAACCAUGUUUCAUCACAGUGGAAGAUUUGCACUAGAAAGUAAUCUUUCCUUGUAAUGAUCUUUUCAAGAUCUUUGAGGAAUUUUCAUGCUGAUAUAAGCAGUGGUGAUUCUCCAGUAUUUGAGGUUCUUGAUGUUACAUUCUUGGUCAUCUGAGGUCCACUUGCAAAAGGUCAUAUUCCACUUUUCAAAAAAUCCUAAGAGUUUUACUUGUCUAAGGAGUGGGCACUUUGUGCACCUUCAUAUUUCUGGAGGGACUUAACCACUUCACUGCUUUUAGCAGACACUUGCUUUUCCCUGACACGGUGUACAGAACACAAGUGGUGAAGGGCUGAAGUAGCACACUGAAAAGUACUGGAAGCAGACUGAUGCCAGUGAAUCACAUGUUAGGCAGCAUGAGCCAUUGGUAUACCAUCAGAUCACUUUAUUCAUAUGGAUUUAGUGAUGUCCACUCUGUGUGAGUUUUGCAUUAUGGAGAUACCUGGAUAAUUGAGAUAUUUUUCAUCAGCAUAGUUCCAAAGUGUGGUAGUGAAUCCCCCUGAAGUCCAAGGCUGGCUGUAUUUUAAAGUUACAUACAGGAAAAGGCUGAAUGUGAUAAAAGUAUUCCAAAGUUUAGAUUAGAAAAUUCUUACACCAUAUGUUUUACAGUAAAUUUUUUUAAGUGUGUAUUUGCCAAUACAGUAAGUGUUGUGCAUAGAAAAGGUGAUGUCAACCAGUCACAUUUUACAGUUCCCCAAGAAAUUUGAUCAGAAUUUUAUUCCCCUCAAUGCAUAAUACAGAAAUAAUAUAAACCAAGAAAUAACUCAGAAUAAUCCGUUAAGGGGGUGUUCCAUCUAGAGAUAACUCCAUGCCAGGUUACUAAUGGUAAGUUACACAAAUGAAUAGUACAUGAAUUGGUAAAAGAUAUUGGAAGUAAUCCAAUGACCAUAAGAUUCUAAAGUAAUUUAUUUUGCAAACUAUAGGUAGAUGUAUGUGAACAGAAGUUUUCCUGUGAGUAUUACUGAAAAAUGUGUUUACUUUUGCUUUUUGAUAUAGGGAGAUACCUUUAUUGAAUAUAUAUAAAAUUUGUUUAUUUUUUUGUAAUUUGAUUGUCACAGGGAGCUACCUCAAAGAUUCUUGUGAUCUUAAUGUUUUUGGAAAUCUGGUUCUUGUAUAUUUUGAAUAGUAGCAGCAUACUUAAAGUACAUUGUAGUAUAUGAUAGUUAUAUUGCCACUGUGUUCAGGAAAAAUAUUGUUUUAGUGAUGUAUGCAGUGCGCAUUAUAUAAGACAGUUAUAUUGCCACCGUGUUCAAGAAAACAGUGAUUCAGUGCUUUUUUGUAUAUACCCAUUUCAUUACAGCUGGUAAUUUUAUAACAUUCUUAUACAACUAUAUAUUUAUUCACAUGUAUAAUCUUAUUGCUUUGGAUGAGUAAUUAACUUUCAUUAAUAGUACCUUCAUAGUGUAAAAAGCUUUGCUGUAUGUAUCACUAAAGACUCAUUAUUAUGCAUAAUGCUUCAUGUGUUCACUUACCAGACAACUCUUUCAUUUUACAUAUGCCUUUAUGCCCAAGUCAUAAGGAAGAGGUGAUAGCAGUGUUUCUAUACAUGAGUGAACAAAGAGCAGCCUUUUCUGGGUGAAAAAACCACCAGAAACUGUCAGAAUGUGAAACAUAUUGUUGAAUCUUUCAAUAAAUGUCUAGAGUUGAAAUUUAUGUACAAUACAGUUUGUUGAUUAAGAACCAAUCCUUUUAACCAGCCUAGUAAGAUGUUUAACAAUAGAAUUAAUUGCCUCGUCAUUCACAACUUGUUCAAUAUUGGAAAGAAUUAGCAAGUGUUAUACUUUUGUGUUAUUUUCACACAUGAUGUUUCAUCAUAUUUUUCUGCUGUUUUUUCAAAGAAAAAUAUUACAGUACUGUUGUUCAGUUUGUUAUUAACAAGCAGAGAUGUUUGUAUUUGCUGUGGUUUUAUCAGUAUCUAUCUGGUACAUAUAAUCUGUGUAUAUGUAUUUUGCUUAACAUGAGGUUUUUUUCAGUCUUGGGGUGCUUUCGGCAGGUUUGUUCUCCAGCUGCAGCAAAGGCAGAAUUUUGCAUUAUAAUCUGAAUUUUAACAUUGCUAUCAUUUCAGAACUCAUUGAUAGAGAUGUAGAAUACCACACGUUUAGUUGGUAGCAAUCAUUUAUGGCAGUGUAUCUGGGUCUAUGUUAACAUUUUCAAAUUUGGCUCCUUUGAUGAUGGUGUACCUUUUCACGCGUACCAGUACUGUCAUGGUUGUGUAGAUUAUUUAUUAUUACUGAGUUAUUCACUAGAUAGAUUUUUCCAUUUGAUUCAGUUUUCAUAUAUUCCUAUUCGGUAGAUCCUAGUGAGCUCUAAAAGCAGUGUAUAAUUAUACUUUGAAUUCCC